AUGUCUUGCCUAGCCGCGGCCUCGGCGACGCCGCCAGCGUCAAGGCCUACGGCCCAGCGUCUGUUUGUUGCGGUGGCCGCUCCUCCCCGUUGGCGGUCCGUUGAGCCUCAUCCCGCUGUAUGGAGGAGUGAAGGCCCCCGGGCUCUAACGAUGCUACGGAGGUGCUCUCCCGCCGGCGACUCCAGGGCGCCCGGAGACGGCAGCCUUUCCAGUUUUUGCAUUAUUGAAGGCCCAGAGACAAUACAAGACUUCGUUCAGAUGCAAUCACAAGAGAUUCAAGACAACAUCAAGAGUCGGCGCAGCAAAAUAUUCGUUUUGAUGGAAGAGCAAUGUUCUCAGGUCAGACGACUGCGGGUGCAGCAGCGAAUCAGAGCUGCUGAAAGCAGAUGUUCCAGCAGUGAAGAAAAUGAGAUGCCGGAGAUGCCAUCUACCAUUCCGUUUUUGCCUUAUACGUCACCAAAGACAAUGAAGCAACUCUACUUGACAUCAUUCUCUUUCAUAUCUGGGAUAAUCAUUUUUGGUGGCUUAAUAGCCCCAAUACUUGAACUGAAAUUAGGGCUUGGUGGUACCUCUUAUGAAGAUUUUAUACGGAACAUGUAUUUGCCUCUUCAGUUAAGUCAGGUAGAUCCCAUAGUGGCGUCCUUUUCAGGUGGUGCAGUUGGUGUAAUUUCAGCCUUAAUGUUGGUUGAAGUGAAAAAUGUGAGGCAGCAAGAAAAGAACAGAUGCACAUAUUGCCAUGGGACAGGAUACCUGCCAUGUGCCCGUUGCUCUGCCAGCAAAAUGUUGUUGGGCACCAAACGCUUUUCACUUUCUACAACUGAACGCUGUUCCAAUUGUUCAGGAGCUGGGAAGGUGAUGUGCCCAACAUGCUUGUGCACGGGAAUGGCAAUGGCAAGUGAGCAUGACCCACGUAUAGAUCCCUUUGAUUAA